UAUAUAUUCACGAUGAUAUGUCCUAUCGUCGUUAUUCUUAUUUAUGCCCACAGUAUCAUCUUAAUUAUAAAUAAUGGAAACGAUUUAGUUAUCAAGUGUUUUCUUAUUAUCUCACGGGAAAUUUAUAAUAUAUGUACCUAAUUAAAAGAAAAUUCAUAAUAAAUAGAAUUUAUCACUAAUGUUACUGUAACUUAAUAAUAACACAAUGCAUUUAAUAAUACAUAAUUAUCUUUUGACAAUUUGCACAUGACCUCUAAAAAGGUUAAUCAUAUAUUUUUUUUGAUCUUUUAAAAAUUUGGUCAACGUCAUGUCAACUUUAAUUAUUAAAAUAACUAUAAUCUGUGGUCAGCCGUCAUAUUAGUUCUAGUAGAAUGGCGCGUAAUUAUAAUAAUGGGUAGAAAUGUGAAUAAAGUUAUUAAUUCGUGUAAAUAAUUUAAGUAUCAAAAAAGUCAUAUUGUUAAAAUUUUGUGCGAAAAAUGGAUUGGAUACAUUGUAACAAUUGUUUUACUCAAUUAGAACCUGGAGUAACUUUGCACCUGACAUCAUGUGGUCAUAUGUUUUGCAACAACUGCUUGAACAAUGGCGUAAAAGAAAGUACAUGUUUAGUAUGCAAAGCACCAUGUUCUAUAAUGAAAUUAGUUCCCGACAUGAAUCCAGAUAUUCAAGAUUAUUUCACGGACCCGGAAGAAAUAAUUAAGAAAUGUUGUGAUGUACUACAAUUUCAACGGCAACAUAGACGGCGCUUAUUGUCCUAUUUAUUUCAAUCGACAAAGAAAUUCCGCGCGGCGCGAGCGGAGCUACGGCGUAUGACGGAAGUGUGUCAGACACAACACAAACAACUGCGCGAGUAUCAAAGGAUCAUAAAGAAUUUACAAAGCCAGCUUGAUGGACAGUCAAAACAAACGCCACCAUUCAACGUGCCCAUUUCGCCUAGUAAUUUAUCCCCUGGUUUUAUUCAAACACCGCCUACAUACAAGCGACCCGCAAAGAGCACUCCUUAUAGCUCCUCGAGUGCUUCGAACAAAAUAUCGACAACAGUGUUCACGCCUCCAACUCCUGAGUCGGUCGGAGAUAUUUUAAGCCAGACCAGCAAUGAAUCCGGAUAUUUGUCUGGACUUAAAUCGCCAAGAGUUUUAUACUGCAAUGGUGUUAGCAACAAGUGCGCGUUUAAGAAACAUAGGCGUUUCGAUUAUUAGUUUUGUUUUGUUAGAUUAAUUUGCAUGUAAUUAAAAUAUGAUUUAUUA